GUCCAUUGUGUGCAAGGCCUACAUAAUAAAUCAAUUCACGUUCUAUCUGGUCCUGAUCCAGUUCUGUUCCAAACAUAUACCAAACAUGUACAAAACACACUACUAUUGAAAAAUUGAAAUUGCGUACAUAGUGUAAAAAGACCUCGAAUGCAUCAUUUAUGAACUCCUCUUUAUAUAUACUGCUUCAGCUCACCUUCGUAAAAAACCCAACUAAAAGAGAAAUCAACAAGUUCAAUAAUGGAUAUCUUCUAUGCUUCUCUCCUUUCUCUAUUUGUGGUCGUCUUCUCAUGCUCACGUUGCUUUGGUUUCUUUAAAUCUAAGUUGGAUGUAGAUGUAAAACCCCCACCUGGCGGAAGAGGGUGGCCUGUGAUUGGUGAAACUAUAGAGUUUGUCACCUGCGGUAGGAAGGGCCACCCUGAAAAGUUCAUCGUCGAUCGCAUGACUAAAUUCUCGCGUCAUGUCUUCAGGACCUCUCUGAUGCUAGAGGAUGCUGCAGUGUUCUGUGGGCCCGAAGGUAACAAGUUCUUGUUCUCAAAUGAUAACAAACUUGUUCAGGUUUGGGUGCCUGCCUCGGCAAAGAAGAUUAUCCCUUCUCUGGAAGGAGUCAACCAGACAGUACUGAAGACAGUUCGCAACAUUUUGAAGCCUGAAACUCUACGGGAAUAUGUUCCAAUUAUGGACAUGGUGGCACAGAAACACUUUGAAACAGGAUGGGAAGGUAACAACCAGAUUUUGACUCAUAAACUCACCAAAAACUUCACUUUUCUUGUUGCAUGCAAAAUCUUCUUCAGUGUGGAUGAACCCGAAUGGGUCAACAAACUAUCAGUCCCGUUCGAAAGACUUGCUCCAGGGCUUUUCUCCAUCCACUUAAAUCUCCCGGGAACACUGUUCCGGAGAGCAUUAAAAGCAGGCGCCUUUAUCAAUAAAGAACUCACUGCAAUUGUAAAGAAAAGGAAGAGUGAUUUGGCCAAUGGGAAAGCUUCACCUACACAAGAUAUUUUGUCGUUAAUGCUUUGUGAUGACUAUGGAAGAUUAAUGGCGGAGACUGUAGUUGCUGACGCUAUCAUGGGGUUGAUGAUCGGUGGCUAUGACAGUACAAGCUCAACGUGUACUUUCAUUGUUAAGUAUCUCGCUGAAUUGCCUGAGAUUUACGAGGGAGUCUACAAAGAACAAAUAGAAAUUGCAAAAUAUAAAAAACCAACAGAAUUGUUAACUAUGGAGGAUUUGUCAAAGAUGAAAUACUCUUGGAAUGUGGCAUGUGAAGUUCUUAGAUUAGUUCCACCAACCCAAGGUACAUUUAGAGAAGCGAUUUCUGAUUUCACAUACAAGGGCUAUUCAAUUCCAAAGGGUUGGAAGUUGUAUUGGAGUACAAACUCGACUCAUAAAAACCCUGAUUUCUUUCAUGAACCUAAAAAGUUUGAUCCAUCAAGAUUCGAUAGUAAAGUGCCAAUUACACCAUAUACAUACGUACCAUUUGGAGGAGGGGCUCAUUUGUGUCCUGGAAAAGAGUUUGCCCGCCUAGAAAUACUUGUGUUUAUACAUCAUCUUGUGAGGAGAUUCAAGUGGAAGAAAGUAAUUCCGAACGAGGAAGUUAUUUUCAAUCUAGUUCAACCUAAGGUUGCCAAAGGACUUCCGAUUCACCUGCAUCCUCAUAAACCUUAAAAUUAAAAUUCUUCAUUAUAGAAAAAUGGAGAUAGUGCAAGUAUACCUUAAAUAAAAUUAAUAACACAAGAGAUAUCAUUAAUAAUUCAAAAGUAAGUUCUCAUGAAUCUAUAGUGUGUAAUGUUUAAUUUUUAUUUUCUUCAUGUAAUUCUUCUGGGGUUGAGUAUAUUAACGAAUUCAUGUCCAAACCUCCCAAUUAUGUAGCAUACUAGCAUUUUCCCAUCAAACUAACAUAUGGCUGUUGUAAUUUAGGCUGGCUGAUAUAGUAGGUCUUUCAUUUUUUUGCCACCCCACAUCACAUAUGUCAUCCUUACACC